AAAAUCAUAAUAGUAAUAAUAAUAAAGUAGAAGUGCAAAGGAAGACUCAUCCUCCGGAAUCUCUUCAAAACUCGUUACUUUAACUCAUUUUCUCUGCUGCUAAUUCUUUUAUUUUUCGCCUGAAGGGAGGAGUUCUUAGUGGCAGCAGUGAAUCAGUUGACGACACGAGAUGGAGAGACUCUUCUUGUUGUUUCUGAUAUUCGAUGUUCUUCUCCUCUUCAACAACUCCGCAGCUCAGAGGCCAGGUUUUGUCAGUUUGGACUGUGGGGGUAAAGGAAAUUUCACCGAUGAACUAGGACUUCAGUGGACUCCUGACGAUCAAUUUUUGUUUGGAGAAACUUCUAAUAUAACUGUUGCAAAUGAGACUAGGCAGCAAUAUUUAACACUUAGGCAUUUUCCUGCUGAUUCUAGGAAGUACUGUUACAAGCUUGAUGUUACUACGAGGACUAGGUAUCUUAUAAGAGCAACAUUUCUGUAUGGUAAUUUUGACAACAAUAAUGUCUAUCCAAAAUUUGACAUAUCCCUUGGGGCUACUCCUUGGUCUACUAUAGUCAUUUCGGACACAACUACUAUUGAGGUGCGAGAACUUAUAUUUUUGGCUUCAAGUCCUACAAUCGAUGUGUGUUUAUCAAAUGCUACAACUGGGCAACCAUUCAUUUCUACCCUGGAGCUUCGACAAUUCAACGGUUCAGUUUAUUAUACGCCAUAUGAAGACCGCUUUUAUUUAAGUGUUUCUGCUAGAAUAAAUUUUGGUGCAAAUAGUGAUGCUCCCAUUAGGUAUCCUGAUGAUCCAUUUGAUAGAAUAUGGGAAUCUGAUUCUCUGAAGAAGGCAAAUUACCUUGUUGACGUUGCUGCUGGCACAGUGAAAGUUUCAACGAAAAUGCCAAUUGAUGUUACCAGUGAUUUAAUACCACCUGAAAAAGUGAUGCAGACUGCUGUAGUUGGUACAAAUGGAUCAUUAACUUACAGGUUGAAUUUGGAUGGUUUUCCUGGCUUUGGGUGGGCCUUCUCUUACUUUGCUGAAAUUGAAGAUUUGGAUCCGGAUGAGUCCCGGAAAUUUAGGCUGGUGCUUCCAGGCCAGCCUGACAUGAGCAAAGCUGUAGUUAAUAUCCAAGAAAAUGCUCAUGGGAAAUAUCGUGUCUACCAACCUGGAUACCCUAACAUUUCUCUCCCCUUUGUCUUGUCCUUUAGAUUUGGGAAGACAUCUGAUUCUUCAAGGGGACCACUUCUAAAUGCAAUGGAGAUAAAUAAGUAUCUGGAACAGAAUGACGGUUCUAUGGAUGGGGCUGUGAUUGCAAGUGUAAUUGCACCUUUCUCAUUAGCUGAGUGGGCUCAAGAAGGUGGUGACCCGUGCCUACCUGUUCCAUGGUCAUGGGUGCAGUGUAACUCAGAUCCACGACCAAGUAUUACUGUAAUCCACUUAUCUAGCAAGAAUUUGACCGGGAACAUUCCUUCAGACUUGUCCAAAUUGAGCAAUUUAGUUGAAUUAUGGCUUGAUGGGAAUUCGCUGACUGGUCCAAUUCCUGAUUUUAGUGGAUGCACAAAUUUGAAGAUUAUUCAUCUUGAGAACAAUCAGUUGAGGGGUGAGCUGCCUUCAACUUUGGGGAACCUACCAAAUUUGAGGGAAUUGUAUGUGCAGAAUAAUAUGUUAUCUGGAACGGUACCCUCUAUUCUUCUGGACAAAAACUUGGUCUUCAACUAUUCGGGAAACAUUAAUCUUCAUGAAGGGGCCAGAAAAACUAAGCACCUCUAUAUUGGUGUUGGUUCAUCAGUUGGAGCUGUUAUUCUGCUAGUAGCUACUGUUUUAUCUUGCCUAUUCAUGCACAAAGGGAAUAAAAGCCAUUAUAAUAAAGACCAACUUCGGCAACCCCUGCCCAUUCAAAGGCCGGUUUCUACCUUGAGGGAUGCUCCUGCGGAAGCUGCACAUUGCUUCACAUUAUCAGAUAUUGAAGUUGCUACAAACAAUUUGGAGAAGAAAAUUGGUUCUGGGGGUUUUGGAGUUGUAUACUAUGGUAGAAUGAAAGAUGGAAAGGAAAUCGCUGUGAAAGUUCUAAACAGUCAUUCCUACCAAGGAAAUCGAGAAUUUUCAAAUGAGGUGAUUCUUCUUUCAAGGAUACAUCACAGGAACCUAGUACAGUUUCUUGGCUAUUGUCAGGAGGAAGGAAAAAGUAUACUCGUUUACGAGUACAUGCAAAAUGGAACCUUGAAGGAACAUCUUUAUGGUGCAUUGACACGUGAGCGAAGUAUUAACUGGAUCAAACGCCUUGAGAUUGCAGAAGAUGCCGCGAAAGGAAUUGAAUACCUUCAUACAGGCUGUGUUCCGGCUGUUAUCCACAGAGAUUUAAAAAGCAGCAAUAUUCUUCUUGAUAAACACAUGAGAGCAAAGGUUUCAGAUUUUGGUCUUUCAAAACUUGCCGUAGAAGGAACCUCUCAUGUCUCUAGUGUAGUACGAGGCACUGUAGGGUAUCUGGAUCCUGAGUAUUAUAUCUCCCAGCAGUUAACAGACAAGAGUGAUGUUUAUAGUUUUGGUGUCAUUCUUCUGGAGCUUAUAUCUGGUCAGGAAGCCAUAUCUAACGAAAGCUUUGGUGCUAAUUGCCGUAACAUAGUCCAAUGGGCAAAGUUACACAUUGAGAGUGGCGACAUUCAAGGAAUCAUCGAUCCCUCUCUACACAAUGGAUAUGACAUCCAGUCGAUGUGGAAAAUUGCAGAAAAAGCACUAAUGUGUGUCAUGCCUCAUGGAGACAUGAGGCCGUCAAUCUCAGAAGUUCUCAAAGAUAUUCAAGAUGCUAUCUUAAUCGAAAGGGAAGCCACAGCCAUAAGAGAUGGGAACUCGGAUGACAUGUCAAGACUUUCUGCUCAUUCCUCCCUGAAUAUUGGUUCAAUUGAUUUAGGAGCUGAAAAUUACUUGUCAUUAGAUGAAUCUAUCGCACAGCCAACUGCUCGAUAGUCUCUGUUAAUUCCCCUUUUUCCCUUCAUUUUGUGGUCAUAUUUUUGUUGUAGCUGGAAUCAGAAUCAAGUUGCCGCAAGCAAAUUAAGGAAACAACCAGGUGAAAAAAACAUAAAAAAGAAAAGAAAAUCCAGGAAACAAGCUAGAGUAGAGAUGGUAUUGUGAACUUUGUAAAUGGUUGUGCUUUUAGUGGUAACAUACAAUCCUCAGAAAAUGUGGGUAUGAAUUAAAUCUAGUGUUGGAAUAUUGCCAGUGGACAGAAAGUGUCUCCUGGCAUUUCUUGCAUGGAGCUUGACAAGACAAUGAAGCUUGGUAGGCCUACUACAAGUACACACAUUAUUUAACAACCAUGUUUUUCUGUCGGCUGUACAUCUUUCAAUCUCGAUCGUUUAAUUGGGCCCAUCAGGUUGUAACAGUCAGGCUUCAGCACUGAUUGCUGGCUAUACUGCAGCGUUGUCUGUUGUGCCAUUUCAAUGGCCGCCCAGGAGGUAAAACUACACAUGAUAUGGCAGUCAAAGCCGGUAUAAUCUGCUGUAUUCAUGACCACGUUACGGCUACGUCCGUGGCAUGGUCUAAAACCUUCUAAACCAUGUAUUCAUAGAUUUUUAAUAGGUUGGUGCGUUAUAAUAUAUAUGUUUUUAAUUAUUUAA